UGUCAAACGACAUCGUUUGGUUCUUCCAAAUAAACAAAGGUCUGCUCGCGGCUGCUCGGGUCUUUAGAAUAAGUUGUUUAGCUGGCUGGAAAGGCGUCAAUUGGCCCAGUUGGCGGCCAACACAGCAUGUCCAGCAUGCCCAGAGCUCUCCUAACGCUCGCCUACUUUGUGCUCACCUCCUGCUCCAUUGUGUUCACGGCCUGCGUCAAUAAUGUGACUGGCACGGGCACCAGCUCGCCCGGAUCGGGACCCAGUUCGGCAGUCAGCCUGAGCACUUCGCUGACCAACGACGGGCACAUUCAUCGCACGGCGGCGGCCAUCGAGCGGGUGAACAAGCUCUGGUGCUAUGCCUGUGAUACCAUGGACGACGGUCUGGCCUGCGUGGAUGUGCUUGAGCGCAACAGCACGGCGCUAAUGAAGAAGUGCCAGGGCGAGGAGUUCAUCUGCAUGGUCAAGCGCUUCUCGUACACCACCAGCACUGAGAACUCCACGAGUUCGCCAAAGAUGUGGUCGCUGGAUCGACGAUGCGCCGCCAACUGUGAGCCCGGCUGCAUUGUUAUAGGUGAGCGCACCAAGCUCUAUGCCUGCACAUCCUGCUGCGAGGAGUCCUUCUGCAAUACGGGACGUGGCGGCGCCGCUGGCAUCUUCCAUCGCGAGGCAACGGGCAUUGGCACGCGCAUCUUUUGGCUGGCAGCCCCGUUCCUGGUCAACAUAUCGCUAAUGCUCUACAAGCGGCAUGCCGGUCAUGUGCUCAUCCAGCUACAGUAGUCCCUCGUAAUGCAGCACCGACAACAAAGGGCGUGUGUACCUCAAGGAAUUUAGCCAAUUUAAGUAGCCAAACUAAGCACUCCACUUGCUCAAAUCUAAUUGAAUAAUUGAACUAAUUAACUGUACGAGUUGCCCGCAUUUGACCUACUCAUAGAUUUAGAUAUACAACUAUAUACUAGCCUGCAUAUAAGAAUUUGAGUGUGUACUUGUGUAUAGUUAGCCAAUGGUCUUGGUGUGAUAAUAAAUGAAUCCAAGUGUCA